CGGGGCCUCGGGGAGCCCGGACGCAGAGCUCGCUCAGGAGCAGCUCUGGAGAUGGCUGUCAGAGGCCACCGUGUCUGGCCCGGGCACCAGAGCGGCCUGCGCUGGCACUGGCGUCUCCUACGCCCCGGACCGGGAGCGAGUACCCCGCCAUCCUCUCCAGCCACCGUGUCGCGGGAACCGCAGAGGACGGCGAGCUUGGGCGUCCGCAUCGCUCGCCGCAGCGGACUCGGCCGCUCAGGGUGCAAAACCACCUGUUCGAGCCGCGGGGAGCGCCCCCGGCCCCAGCCGGCCUCUCUCCCCGGCGGAUGCCACUGCCAGCCUUACCCCUAUGAUUUUUUUUUUAAUGGCUCAAAUGUACAUCCGGGAAAAAUCGAGAAGGUAGAGUCAAUCAAACUUCCUUCUCCCCACACCCCGAGUCCCCACACUCCCCACACUCCUGCGCGGAGGCAGGCGUGAGCCUCUAGUGCCCAGCCGGCACUCCACACCCGGCCUCACUCCGCGCCGCGAGGCUCAGCCACAGCUUAGGGAAAGCUGAGCCCGUGAGCGCGCGGGCACCGAGGGGCGCGAACCUAGGCCACUCAAGCAGCAGCCCGAGGCUCGAGGGGGUGGGGAAGCAGAGAUUACUGCCAAGAAACGCUAGGGAAAGUCGCCACAAGCCACAGAAGCCCUGUCUUACCGAUGUGGAUGAUGGAAUCGGCGGUCGCCAGGUCCCAGGUUCGAGACCACCAGAAGGACAGAAACAAGAGCAAGGGGAAAACUUCCAUCCUCCGAUGCUGAUCCUCCUUGACCACGACUUUGCUUCCAAUAUGUAGAUAUUCUCUUAAGCGGUCCACAGAGUUUGAGGUCACGAUAGAGUUGAGUGCCGCUUUCCCCCUAAUUUCCAAAUCCCUCUUUACAGCACAAUCUUUUCUAGUCGCAGAAGAGGCACAGGCGACCCGAGAGCUAGCACAGCCAGAGGCAGCCUCCUCCCAAGCCCUGUCACUCGGAGGGGAAUUUUGGCAUUGCCAGAGUUGUUUGCAGUUGGUCUUUUAAAAAAAUGUAUCCAGCCUUGGCUGCUCUCGGACAGGGGGCGAGGCUGGCGCUCAGACGGUGGCCGUGGCCGCGCGGGGGCCGCGGUGGCGGGUCCCAGCUCCGCCGCAACUUGGGCACCCCCGCGCCGGAUGUGCCCGCGCCCUCCCCCGCCGCCGAGCCCCUCCACCCGGGGCCGUGCGCGGUCGUGGCGCCUCGCGGCCAGCUCUCAGUGCCACCGACGAGGAGGAAGAUACGAGCGGAGUCGCCAGAUUCCAGCGGGGAGGGGGAGGUCCGCUCCGGGAGGGGUGGCAAAAGUGAACUUGAAGGUAAUGCAGCUAGUAAUGCAGAGAAGACUCUCCUUCGGCGCGAGGCGGGCCCCGGAGCUGGCGCGGCGGGCGCGGUGGCGGGGGAGUCCGGCGGGAGCGAGCAGCGGGCCAGGCCGGCGCGCGGAGCCGCGGCUGCAGGAUGCUCCGGAGCCGCUCGCCUGGCGGGAUGCGGGAAGCCAACAGCAGCCUGGCAAGCUCCGCUGCAGCCCCACGUUGCCUAGAAAUGGAUCACCUAGGAGAAGCGAGUCCGCAAGAGAGCGGUGCUGUCAGGCGGAGAGGGGAACCGAGAGAGGAAGAGCUUCUAAUAACCACCUCCUCCCCCUAUCUGCAAUACAAGGGAGAAACAAAACCGCGCUCUCAAUUCCCUGGGAAUCUUCACCCGGACUGAGAAAGGCAGGACUCAAAGAGAAGGCAGUGAAGUCCCCCACCUGCCUUGACGGUUUUUUGGAUGUGUUUUGUUUUUCCCCGUAGGUUAGAAAACAACCUAAAAAGCCACCCCACUUAUUUAACCUUGCUAUCCCCCAACAGGUACCGGACUUUUUUCUAGUCUUCUUCUGGAAUUAGUCACAUUGGCUAAGAACAAAUUAGGGACACCUAGUCACUUAGGGAAAAGAAGACCUAGAAAGCUUUUAAUGAGAUUUCAAUUAUAAAGUUAUAAAAAGCUGAGAAUGUGCUAAUUACCUUUAAACAGUGGUUUGUUCCCCCCCCACCCUUUGGGGUCUCUGGUGUUUUUAAGGCAAUCAAAAUACAGAAAGAAUUUUGAUAUACUGUUAUAAUACGGACAGUCUUGAUAUUUAAAAAUUAUCUAAUAAUGUUAAAGACAAUAAAACCAACCAAACAAAAAAGCCUCAGUCGUCAAAAUACUGCACUAAGUUAAUCACCUGUGCAGUUAAGUAGCCACCGGGAGGCUACUUGCUAUUUAUUCUCUGGGAGCCUGCAGAUGCACUGUAAGGUAAGGUCCCAGCCUACAAAGAAGGGAUUUUGUGCAAGCUUUAUCCCCGCUCCUGGUGACUUCUAAUGGCUAGUUUAUAUCCUUCCAUCUUAUUGCAGAAGGGGGUUCUGUUAACUCAAUCAAGUGUGUAACUGAGGUCAGCUAUUAACAGCUCUGUUACUGUUUCAAUUACGAAUGUAGUCCACUGGCUGGGAAUCUUGUUACCUGGGGGAUGGAUAUCAGAACCCAAGUUCAUUGUGAGCCUGGCUAAGAUCUUUUGUUCCUGUUUCCUCACUAACCCCUUUUCUAGUAUUGUGGUCAUUUGACUUAGUUGCCUAUUCUCACGUCUGAAAUAUCCUAACUUUCCUUCAUUUUGUAAAUUCCAUCCCUGGACAUUCCAGAAAAUGCUUUGUUCUUUGGCUGCUCACAUCAACAGUUCCUCCUGGAUUUCAGUAGUCAUUCAAGUCCCUCAGCACCUCAAGAGCAGAAACUUGUCACUCAUGAAACACUGCCCGACCUUUGAGUAUGAAAUGAUCCCACCCAUCUCCUAGGCUCUCAAUGCAAUCUUCCACGGAGUCAAAGAGAAACACUACUUUAAAAUGAGUUCACCAAUCUCUUCACUGAUGUUGGGACUUAUACACAUGUUUUUGAUAACAUCAAUUUGCACAGAGCCCCAACUGUUGAAUUUCAAUUCUUCUGAAUCUAGAACAAACCAGUACUUCCAGGAAGCCAUCACUGACUGUACUUCCCAAUCACUUUUCAUCAUCUGCUCAUUUCCCCACCAUGAAUUCAAUAUGAAUGAUCUUCAUGCUACUAUUGAUGUCAUCUACUAUUCAGAGUAUUCUGAUGCACUUCCAUAAAUGUUGAUACAGAUAACGAAUUUUUAAAAACGGGUGUAUGUCCACACAGGACUAUGGUUCAUUUUAAAAGCUAGUGACUCACUGUGUAUUCUAUCAAGAGAAAUUGGGAUGUCAUCAUUUAAGAUGGACACAGCAAUAUCAUAUCUUAGAAUAAGAUUGAUAGCUGAAACCUUCAAACAAUAAUUGUGUCAUCCCAUCCUAACCUUUUUCAGUGCUGUUCUUAGAGAUAACUAGUAACUAAAUAUACUCGUGUUCAUAUAAUCUACUAGAAACUUCUUUAGUGUACCAUAAAUAAAAUAUUGUAUUUGUUCCAAAGUCCUCCAUUUAGUAGUUUCCUAUCGUGUAAGUACACUAUAGAAUAAUCUAGUGCCUUAAUGUACCUUCUGUUUCUGUGACAAAACGUUGACUAAACCAAACCAACUAGAAUGGAAAAAAAGCAGAUUUAUUUGGCUUAUAAUCCCAUGUUUUUAACUCUCUAUCAUUGAGGAAAGCCAGGACAGUAACUCAAUCAAACAACCUGGAGGCAAUAGAAUAAUGCUGGUUACUGGCUUGCUCCUCACAGAUUUCUGAGUCGGCUCUCUUAAUCAACCCAGAGCUACCCACCUACCUAGGGUGGCAAGCUAGACAGAGGGUUGAACCCUUACAUGUCAGCAAUAAAUUAAGAAAAUGCUACAGCAUCAUGCUCAACAGACCAAUCUGGAAGCACUUUCUCAAUUGAGAUUCUCUCUUCCCAUGUGACUCUAGCUUGUGUCAAAGUAACAAGAACUAAACAAGAACACCUGUGCUUCUCUGCAAAGAGCUUGUGUAAGUAUAAUUAAGUCAAAAACUCCAAAGCUUAGCAUUUAUAACCAACCCAUUUCUGUAAGUAUCCCUAACAGGUAGUCAUAGUUCAGAACCACUAUUCUAAUACUUGAGCAUCUAAAGAAAUUUGGGUGACACAUCCUGCAACAUGCCAAGAUAUAAUGAUCAACCCCUGUCAAUUAAAACAGGUACUCAAACCUGGGAAGAAGCUUUCCAAAUGUAAAGCAAGAAAGCUAGUAUAAAAUUAAAGUAAUACCAUCAGCCUGCUGGUUUCAAUUUAGGACCAGCAGCCUUUCCUGUGUUCAAGUAAUUCCUAUGCACAGUGAGGCCUAAUUAAUUGGCUUUGCAUUAAUAUAAAUUCAUACACUGUAAUAUAAAUGUACAACUAUUUUUUUAGAAAAUUGAAUAUAUUAUGAUAGUUACCUAGAAACAAAGAUUUACCAUGUACAAAAUGGAUGUUGAAAACCAAGUGUAAAAAUAGCAUAUUUACUGACUAUUAAUUAAUUAUUGAUCUACUGUGAAUUAAACUUUGUAUACAUUAGACACAUGCUAAUAAAUGUC